CCUCUUUUUCCGCAAGCCGAGAAAUGACCGUGACCGAAAACGUUUUCCCCAUUGGAUAUUUUUAUAUCAUCUCCAGACUCAACGGUUUGGUCCUUGAUAUCGAAGAUCCUGCCACUGCCGCGCCAGGAUCCAGAAUUGUCACGAAAACCAAAUUGGAAAAGUCUCCUGAAAGAGACAGCCAGCUGUGGAUCCAUCAAAAUGGUUUCUUGACAAACAAGCUGUCGGGUCUUGUUCUUGAUGUUAAUCGUGCCACGAACUUUACUGCUAUAUUUACAGGCGAGGAGCAUCUUUACUUGGACCAGAUGAAGGAACAGGAUGCGGCCAAUGAUCAGCGUUUUGGUUACGAAGCACCAACAGGAAUUAUUUACACUUUGGCCGACCCUAAUACGGUGGUGGACAUCAAGGGUGGCAAGAGCGAAGUGAAUGCUCGUGUGAUGGUGUACAAGCGCAAAGAGGAAGCUGAAGAAGCGAUGAAUCAGCGCUGGAACCUGGAACUUGGUGAUCCUCUCAAGGUGGACGACGAUGAUGACGAGGAAGACGACAGUAAGAGUGCGCGUCUCCGAGCAUGGUUUGGCAGCUGGAUUGGCUGGGGUGACAAAAAGCGAGAAGUCUUGAAUGAACAAGAAUUGGGAGAAGCUCACAAGAAAGUGUACAAGGAAAAGAAAUCCCAUGUCAGUUACGAGCUGUUGGCUGGUGCUGCUGCAUUCGAAGCAGUGAGAGCGUGGGAAAAGAAGAAGGAAGAAAGUGGCGAGGAAGUGAAAUAUGGUCUUGCCAAGAAGCUGGUGGCUGGUUUGGCUGCGGCCGAGCUGGUGAAACUGUUCCAAGAGCGUGGCAGUGACGAUGACGAUAACGAAGUGAAGGAAGAAAAACAGAGCUUGAUGCAAAAAAUGGCCGCCAAAGCCGCCACCAACUACUUUGAAUCCAAAUAUUCAAGCUAGAAAAAAGAUGAUUUUCACACAAUCCAUCUUUGUCAAUAUAUUCCGCGAUAUAAAGUUUUUUUUUUUCUUUGACCCCACUUGUGACAGGCUUGA